AUGGAGCAAGACAAUGCAUUUUCUGAUUUCGCCAAUCCGGCGUCUAUUUCCAGGCUAUUCAUUCAUCAUCGAAAUUAUCCCGAUCUCCCCAAAAACUAUGAAUGGUCACGACAAAAGGAGCGAUAUUGCCCCAAGAAGCUACUCAACUCCAAGCUACCCGGGCCUUUCAAACUGGCUCACAAGUUUGGCCAAGUAUUCUGCCAUCGUGGGCUCUAUGAGCGUGUCGCUGGAAUUAUCGACAACUCAACGGAAGCCAUCGAUAAUGGAAUUCGCCAUGGCUUUUUUCUGCACGAGGCCGAUGCCAUAGUUUUGGAACAGUUCCAGGAUGCCUUCACGGCUCAUGACUAUAACCCAAGGCGCGUCACUUCCAAAACACAAGGCUGGGAACGGUAUUCCAUCUCCAAUAUUCUAGAGACGGUGCUAGUGACACGAAGUGUUGAUAUCGACGGAUCCAAUUUCGCCACCUCGUACUUGCCGACCGCAGGCAAGAUCCCCAGCCUACUUGAUCUAAUGUGGAAAGAAAGCCAGUACAAAACCGGUAUCACACUACAAAUCGACCUCAGGGAGCAAGAUUUUGCCGAGGCUAUUGCCUAUUACUCUUAUCAUAUCUCCAAGAAACGCCUGCUGUAUCCAGGUAUGCAGGGUGUCCAUAAUAGCACGGCUUGGAAUUGGUUCAAAUCAACGAUUCUGAAGGGCUACAGUAAGCACUACAGGUGUUUUCACGAUCUGCAAGAAGACGUAAAGAGGAAGAGCAUACAUGCGUUUGGGUCAGAUUAUUUUGAAAUCAGACAUCUGCAUGUCUUUCCGCCGCUGAUGAUGGUGUUCCAUGCUAAGUGGCUAGUCGACUUCGCAUGCGCAACAACGCCUAUUGACGAUGCUCAGGGGGACAGACAAAGCUACAAACACAUCCGUCAAACCCUUAUGAAACAAGUUUUAUCCUUUGUCGCAGUAGGAGCUGGCUCCUACAACUUCAUUCUUGAGAUUGUUCACAGCGGACUCGGAUUGGGAUACGACGAGUCUACUGGAACGGCAAGAAAUCCCUUGACGGGGGCGCUCCUGAGUGACUCUGAUGUCAUCUUCGACAGCCGCGUCGACCGAGCCAUGAUUGAUGUGAGCUUGGAGUUGCGCGAGAAACAUCCACAACUCAUAUUUGCAUCGUGCACCCGUCUGCCAGACGUCAUCACGCCAGACGCAAAGUACAAGGCAUCCCACGAGACGGCCAAGUUGGUGCGUUGGGAUGAGGGCGAGAAAGGAAUCUCAGCCAAGCUGCGAGCCAUACACGGGGGGUUAUACCCGCAAUGCCAGCUCGUCGUGGCCGACGACCCGGCCGCAGAAAUCGCUGCGCGCACAUGGAUUGACGAGGAGCUGGGCCUAGAUCGAAGUGAGCUCCUGGGUAUGACUUACUAUGAGUGGCUGGCAAAAGCACCGGCAGACGUAGCCGCCGCAAUAAAAAACCUAAACGAGCAAGAUUUCAUGCCAAACAGGUUCGGGUAUCCUACAACUCCAGAACUUGGCGGCAGGCAACUAAACACAACAAUCGAGUCGAACAUCGGAGUCAUGGAGUGGUUGAAGGGUGUCCAACAAGCAACGCCUGUACCUACCUCGGAUGCUCGGAAUGAUACCCGGACCUCUUUCCACGACGAAGAGGGCAGGGACGAGCCAGCAAUGGCUGCUAUUAAUCAUGGCACAACCUGGAACGACGACCGAUGCCGCGAGUCUCACCGCGAAAACAUACUUCCUAGCUAUUUCAGCAGCGACGUCAGAUCGGGCCCCGUGCAAUCGACUCUAGUGUUCGGAAAGAGAUACUAUAAACUGGAGAGCGUGGCAAAUUGGUCACAAACAUUGGUCAACAUUAAGCUUUACCAGGCUGCCCAGUCCGGAAACUAUUGGCAGGUCCGGAUAGCUCUUGAAAAUGGGGCGAACAUCCAUGCUUGUUCGGGCAGCGCCGGCACCCCAUUAGUAGCGGCGUGUUCUUCUGGCCACGUCAAGGUUGUGAAGGUGCUAUUGGAGAAGCUGCGACAAGACCCAUCCAACAUGGACGAAUCGGGGUAUCUGCACGUUGGCGACGCACUUCAUCGAGCUGCUGUCCAGUGCCAGGAGCGUGUGGUCGCGCUCUUACUGGACAGCGGAGCGAAUGUACAUUCUCGGACCAAGGAGGGGUUUACGGCGCUGGAAAUGGCAUGUCGCGUCUUUCGCGAGAGCAGCAUCAUCGACAUGCUUCGCGCCAAAGGUGGCGAAUUCAACGCCUCGGACAUGGCUGCCGAGAAUGCGAGCGCGUUGCAACAGGCAUGCCGCCGGGGUAAUCUGUACCUUGCGCACCGUCUUCUGAGAGAAGGCGCCGUCAUUGAACAUGCACCUGAUGUCGAUGAGACCUUUUCGUCGGAGAUUCGUUGCCUCCUUGGGGAGAUGAGGAUGGAACGAGAGAAGCUUGACGGAACCCGGCUGACAGCGAGUCAACCGGAGGGGCCAGUUGACGAUGGAAUGGCGCAUCGGGAUAUCUAUAGGAAUGGCGUCCAGAGAAGGACGGCUCGCCGCGUUCACAGGUGGAAGCGAUAUGCCAUCUUUAAGCUGCCGCCUGUCCCCAAGGCGCCCAAGCUUCGUGACUGCGGCUGUGUCAUCUGUUUCGUCGACAACCGAGCUCAAGCGACCAGCCCUGGAGUAAUUCGCUGCCAGGUCCUUGGACCGGAGCCAUUAUCACCGCUCAGACCUUUGCCUCGAGCAACAGUGACAGAUCCAGUGGCUGUCACGCUGACAGCAAUGGGAAGACGUGACCUCGCAGGUCUUGUCGAAGAUCAGGCCACCGAGAUCAGCCCGUAUGUAUUUUCGAGAUGCAAUACCAACUAG